UCAGAGAAGACUUCUAGUAAUCCAUCAAAAUGGUCAGCGCUUGGGAGAAGUUGAAUAACAAGCUCCGUAGAAGUAAGACGACAGCGGGACCUGUCCGUCAAGUAUCCCAAGCUAACAGACCACAGACAGGUACAACUCAAAGAAACCAAGCUUCACGGCAUCCGGUCACGGACCGAGACUCAAACUCAUCAAUAGCAAGCCAGCUCGGGGCAGCCGGUUUCACUAGAGAGGAGAAUCAAUCUUCAGAGUUCCAUAGUCCACCACCACCCCGUGGCGCAGAAAGAUCAGUUACUCCUUGGCCACCAGUGAGACGACAAUCAUCAGCACAAGCAGCCCAAGUCGGGCGGGCAAACACGAUGAAGCCUUUACCACCCCUCCCAUCUCACUCUUCCGUGAAGCCCUCAGCGAACUUCGACGAGUUCCUUCAAGCCGGACGAGAAAAGAACAGAUGGACCAAAGACCUGAACGAACACGUCCGGCCCAAACAAUGGGCAGGCGACACGCUUGAGUAUGCUGGCAUUUCUGAAGCGUUCCAAAUUAACGUUCAAUCCAGACCUCCUCUACCUGUGAGCAACCCGUCUUCUACCUCCAAAUUGAAGCGAUCCAAAGCCGUGCGUGUUCCGUCGAAGGAACAAAAGGCGGGUGGAAGGGUUGAAGCGCCGAGACCGUCGGUUCCUCCUGGUGAGUUUGAUCCAAAUAACCGAUUCUAA